AUGUCGUCGGGUAACUCUGGUGAUGGUCGCUCUCUGGCUGGUCUCCCGCCACAUGCCAUAACUCGCUCGCUCUCGGAUACAAACAUCGAGGACAUGCCCGGGCGGACAGAGGUCAUCUCUGCCCCGCUGCAUGCAGCCACUCGGGACAUGGCGAGUCUGGCCCGUGUAGGCAACCGCGUCGACUCACCAGGCAACAGGCUAAUGGCUAAGUGGCGGAAGGCUGCCAGCGGUGCGACCGAUGACUCGGCUGCGGGCGAUGCCACUGGCACCGAUCGCGUCCCAGAUCUCCCCGCCACAAAGAGUAUGGUUGCACCCGAGCGGUCGGCUUUUGUCAAGGACAUUCUCAUAGUUGCCUUUGCUGCAGACACGCUCGGCAAGCUCGCCGAGUCGAUGAACAUGGACCUGACGCCGCGCUCGCGAUCCAAGGCAACUGCCAAGGCAACAACUAAGGCUAGCUCACCUCUUCUCCGCUCCGGCCGGCGCAAGCACCGUGUCCGCGGCAAGCGUGCAAAGUCGGCCAAGGGCGCGCCCGAGCCGGCGCCAAACCCGUCACGCUCCGUCUCGCCAGUUCUUCGCCCCAUGCGUCGCUCCGCCACCGAGAUCGCCAACCCAAGCGGCCUCGGAGAGAUGGACCACCACAAUCUUGACAUUCCCUCGUUCACCUCGUCUGGCGAGAGCUCGCCGCGGAGCCCCACGUCGCCGCGGACCUCGCUCGAACUCUCGGCCACCGGCUCGGUCGAGUCUGGCCCUAGCGCCGCCCCAGCCCCGCACGCCAUCGCCGCCGCCUCGUCGGCCGCUCACCUUGCUCCGCCGGUCCAGCACGGCGCGCCAGCAUCGACGCUCUCGUCGCUCUCGUCUAUUUCGGACGACACCAAUGCCACCGCGUCGGCUGCCCACUCUCCCUCGUCCUCGUCCGACUCGUCCUCGUCCGACUCGUCUGACUCAACUGCCUCCUCCGACCUGGCCCCGUCAGCCUCGGAUGAGUGGGGCACCGUCCAGUGCCACAUCGACGGCGGGACCGACAUUGCGCUGCACAACGGCAUUCCUGUUGCGCCGCCCACCUCGUCGGCCAUCUCAGCCGCCGACAUCUUGCGUCACUUUAACUUUUCCGACGUGUACGAGGCGCCCGACCCCGAGGACGCGCUCAUUGUCCUCGACUCGGCGCACGUCGACCUCAUUGUCCUUGACAUUGAGGUUGGUGGCGUCCAAGUUGCUCACUCUUGGCUCCGCACCCUUGUCAAGCAGAAGAUGGGCCACAUUCCGCGUGUCUUUGCCAUCUUUCCGCGUAACUCUGUCGAGAUUAUCGCGGCGUUUAUGGCCGAUGGCGUUGUCGACUACCUCGUCAAACCGUUUGUGCCCGCCGCGCUUGCCCACCGCGUCCGCGGCCUCGCCCCGCCCACCAUGCUUCAGCCCAGCCGGAAGAGCUCGCUCCCGGCCCAUCUCCACCGCAUGGGCCUCGCCCGCGGCCGUGCCGGUCACCAGCACUCGGCCAUCGAUGCCAUGCGCAAGGUCACUCUCCGCUGGAAGCUCUCGCUCAUCGAGGCCGAGCGGAAGAAGCACACCCACCUCGAGUCGCACAUGGACGACAUGCGGACAAAGCUCGCCCUCGUUGAGACGCCGCUCCUCUCGCUCGUCUCGCGCCUUCAGGAGCUCACCAGGCUUGACCUCGGCAACCCCCACAAGGCCGACUUUGUCCGCUACGAGCUGCAGAGUGUCAUCUCGCAACUUGCUUCGGGCGACCUCUUUCAGCCGCGGAUCACCACCUCGCCCACUCCGGGCGGCGGCGCCCGCGGCUCGUCCGGGGAGGAGUUUGCCUCGUCCUCGCCGCCAACCUCGCACCAGUCCAUCUCGGUCUCGCGCUCGCCGCCACCGCCGCUCCCGCUUGUCUCCUCCGACGACACCAUGACCAUCCACCGCGCCGCCGCCAUGGCCCGCGGCCAGAAGCGCCGCGCCUCGCUCGCCGCCCCUCUUCCGCGCUACGGCCGCAACAUGUCACCGACCUCACCGUCGACCGGUCCGUCGCAGGUCCCGCCGGCCCCGCCCGGGCGCCUUCGUCGCAUGUCUUCCCACUCGGAGUGGAUCCUCGACACCUUCACCCGCCGCCCGCGCGGCAAGUCGCACGCCCUCCGCCGCUCCAUCUCCUCGGUCGCCUCGCUCGACAACUCGUCCGACCGCGACCGCUCCAAGUCGCCGUGCUCGCAGGCCGCCGGUCUCGUCGGCCAUCUUGAGGACUCGCCGCUCCGUGACGCUGGAGGCUCGACGUCCUCGAUCCCGCCCGACGCCCCGCCUGUCGCCGGUACUCUCGCCUACGAGCCGUCAUCGGGUGUUGAGGCCACCGCGUGGGGCGCCUUUGUCUGGGUCGACGCCAUCACCUCGUGCGUCGCCGCCCUCGUCGCCGACGCUACCAAGCACGCUUCGCUCACCCUCUCCCAAGCCCGCCACCACAUCGACACGCUCUCGUUUGCCGCCACCUCGCUCUCCAAGCCCGACCUCAUCGUCUGUCUCGUCGCGAUGUUUGAUGCCGCUGGCGUCAUGGCCGCAUUUGGCCUCUCCGAAGAGCUCGUCUACAACUUUGUCGUCGCUGUCUCGCACCUCUACAAGUCGCCGAACCCGUAUCAUAACUUUGUCCACGCCGCCGACGUCACCCAGUCCGUCUACUACUACAUCACCCACUCGGGCGCGGCGGACCUCCUCACCCCGCUCGACUCGCUCGCCCUCCUCUGCGCCGCUGUGGCGCACGAUGUCAACCACCCCGGCCUCAACAACGACUUUCUGGUCGCCGUCCAGGCCCCGCUCGCUCGCCUCUACAACGACAACUCGGUCCUUGAGAACCAUCACGCAGCGCUCCUCUUCCGCGUCCUCUCCUCGCCGGCCUGCGACAUCACCUCGGUCCUCUCGGCAGAUCAGACUGCGUCCUUCCGCGCCAUCGCUGUUCACGCCAUCCUCGUCACAGACAUGGCCUCGCACUUUGAAAUUAUGGGCCAGUUCCAGGUCGUCGUCCAGACCCGCGAGCUCGACCCCACCUCCGAGUCGGACCGCAAGCUCCUCGCCGGCGUCAUCCUCCACGCCGCAGACAUCUCAAACCCCACGCGCCCGCUCGCCAUCUUCAAGGACUGGGCAGAUAUGGUCUUUGCAGAGUUCCUCGCCCAAGGCGACCGCGAGCGCGACAUCGGCCUGCCCGUCACCCCUAUCUUUGACCGCGAGACCUCAAUGCUUGCGCCGCUCGAGGUCAACUUUAUCAAGUUUGUCGUCCAGCCCUUCUUCUCCGUAUUUGUCACCCUCUUCCCGGAGCUCUCUUCGCUGCUCGAGAACAUGCUGGAGAACUUUGCCUACUUUGAGGCGCUCUCCUGAAAUGCUCCGCUGUAAUCCGAGGCUCUAUGUUGCCAGCUCGUCGGUCACUUCGCAGGGCAUCGUUGCCAGCUCGCACGCAAGCUCGCCUGCCGUCCGCCCGGCCCCGUCUCUCGUCGCCACCAGCCGCGCGCGGACCUUGCGCGCCUCUGCAACUGCCAGUACCGCAGUAGCCCCGCCCACCGCGCCCAUCUCCACCGCCAUGUGCAGCGCCGUAAAGCCCGAGUCGCCAGCCG